GCGGAGGAUGGCGCUGGUUCCCUGAAGCAAGGGUCUAGGAGAGAGCGGCGCAGGUCCGGUCUCGAACCCUGAGGCAGUGGGGCGGGAGACAUGGCCUGCUGCCACAACGUAAUGCUGCUGCUGGACACCGCGGAAGGCGUCGCUGGUGAGAGCCUGGUCCGGCGAGCCGCCCUGCGCCUUCUCACUUACCUGAGUUGCCGGUUCGGCCUGGCCAGGGUCCGCUGGGCCUUCAGAUUCUUUGACUCUCACGGGGCGCGGAGCCGGCCUUCCCGCGUCUCUGACUUCCGAGAGCUGGGGGUCCGCUCCUGGGAGGACUUUGAGGAGGAGCUGGAGGCCCGGCUCGGGGAUGGCGCCCAGGGCGCCCACCUGCCCGGCCCGGCGCCCAGGGCCAGCCACACUCACAGCACGCUCAUGGAGACGCUGCUAGACUAUCAGUGGGAUCGGCCCGAGAUCACGUCGCCCACCAAGCCGAUUCUGCGUAACAGCGGGAGGAGACUGCUGGACGUGGAGGGCGAGGCCAGGGAGGCCGAGUCUGCGCUCGGGGGCUUUGUGAACGCCGUCUUCCUCCUGGCCCCCUGUCCUCACUCUCAGAGAGAGCUGCUGCAGUUCGUGUCCGGUUCCGAGGCCCAUGCCCAGCGCCUGCCGCCUACUCCUAAGCAGGUGAUGGAGAAGUUGCUGCCCAGGAAAGUCCAGGAAGUCAUGAGAACCCGAAAAGUCACCCUCUACUGGGUGGAUACCACCGACUGGCCAAAGCUCUGGGAAUCCCCAGACCACCUUGGCUACUGGACAUUGUGUGAACUGUUCUACCAUGUGGGAGGCACCAUCUUGCCAUUUGAAAGUUUCAGCCAGGAUUUUACCAAAGCUGGGGAAACACUGCUCAGUGGUGAAAGAAAGCUGUCAAGGAAACCUCACCUCUCUUCAUGGAUUUCAACUCUGCCAACUGAUUCCACUUUAAACUGUUUGCUCUAUAAUUCUCCUGAGUAUGAAGCCUCAUUUCCACGGAUGGAAGGAACAUUAUUUUUCCCUGUUGAAGGCAAAGAGCUUCAGGAAACAUGGACAGUCAUGCUAGAGCCCUUGGCCAUGCAUCAGAGACAUUUUCAGAAGCCAGUCAGAAUUUUUCUAAAGGGCACAGUGACCCAGUGGGCCCUCCCAACAAGUGAAACUUUGGGCACUGAUAGCUGGAUGCUGCAAAGUCCCGAUGGAGACAGAUCAACUCAGAGGAUGUUAUUUCAGCAGCUGGUAAAUAGGCUGACUGCUGAAGAGUUACAUCUGGUUGCCAGUGUGGACCCUGGUGAAGGCUGGCCCCCCAUCACUGGAGUUAUUUCUCCCUUCUCCGUCAGUGCUACAGUUCUCACCUUGUUCCGCACCAGGGAGACUGAAUGUCAAAGACAUCUUCUCCAGACGAUUGUGGCAGAGAGCCCCCAGGAUUCAGCUUCCCUUUUUUCUGAGGUUGUGGAUGGUGUACUGAAACAGAUUGACAGUUCUCUUGAAGUUCCUGCUACCUCAGACCUGCCUGUCCCAGAAUGGGCCCAGCAGGAGCUUGGCCGCAGUGCUCCCUGGACUUCGGCUGUUGUGGAGAAGUGGUUUCCUUGCUCUAACCUCAGUGGAGCCAGUUCAAGUUUGAUGGAGUCAUUCUGGUUACUACAGGCUGCCUCAUCUACUAAGGAAGAGCCUUCCAAAACUGAGAGUGACUUGACACGGGGUCUCUCUGAGCUGUACCAAAGAAAGUCUCGUGAAGAAUACAGUGUAUCCAAUCAGGAAGACAGCAGAAAGAAACGAGGUGUCCCUCGCACUCCAGUGAGGAAGAAGAUGAAUACCAUGUGCCGUUCCUUAAAGAUGCUGAAUGUUGCAAGACUGAAUGUAAAGGCUCAGAAAUUACAUCCGGAUGGCAGUCCAGACACAGCUGGGGAGAAAGGGAUCCAAAAGACAGCCAAUGGGAGAACAGCGGAUAGACUGGAAAACAGAGGAAGAACACUGAGAAGUUCUAAACCUAAAGAUUUUAAAACUGAGGAAGAGCUACUAUCUCACAUACACGAAAAUUACCAAAAGACUGUGGCCGCAGGAGACACCAUGCUGUAUUCAUGUGCUCGGAACACCGUCUCAAACAUUAAAGCGUUCCUGAAGUCCAAGGGGACCAAGGAAGUAGAAGAAGCCAGUCUGGAGAUGAACUGCCUCUAUCAAGUAAGAAACAACUUCUUGAAAACUAGCAAAAGUCUUCGACAGAACAUAGGAAAACUGGAUAAAGAAGUCAAAGUCAGAGAGUGCCAACUUCAGGUGCUUCUUCGUUUGGAGCUGUGUCUGCAGUGCCCUUCAGUGCGUGAACGUGGAGAGGAUCUGGAGCAAGUAGUGGAUGAGGUGACAGAUUUGCUGCGCAUGGUGUGUUUAACUGAAGAUUCAGCAUACCUAGCAAAGUUUCUGGAAGAAAUUUUGGAAUUGUAUAUUGACUCAAUCCCAAAGAUACUGGGAAGUCUUUACGACAGCCUAGGAUUUGUGAUUCCUCAGAAGCUGGCUGGUGUCCUUCCUGCAGAUUUUUUCAGCGAUGACUCCAUGACCCAGGAGAGCAAAUCACCCCUUUCUGUGCCUCUUCCAUCAAACGCUCAUAGGUCAUUGUCUGGCGGCACUGAAUCUGACCAACUGGAGGAGCUUCGUACCAGAUCAGCUAAGAAGAGAAGGAAAAAUGCAAUCAGACAUAAAAGCAUCACAGAGGUUUCACAAAAUCUGCGACAAAUUGAAAUUCCCAAAGUUGCCAAGAGAGCUACCAAAAAUGAGAAUUCUCACCCUACCCUUCAGCAGCAGCCUCCUCUCCCAGUGAAAGACACAGUACAAGAAGUAACCAAAGUUCGAAGAAAUCUCUUCAACCAGGAAAUGAUUUCUCCUUCAAAGAGAUCUGUAAAGAAGGGGUUGCCCAGAAGCCAUUCGGUGUCAGCUGUGGAAGGUCUGGAGUAUAAAUAUGACAACUUGAAGAGGACCAAAGGUUAUCGCAAGCUGCUGACCAAGAGUGUGGCUGAGACGCCAGUACACAAGCAAAUCUCCGGAAGGCUGCUUCAUAGGCAGAUCAAGGGCAGGUCCUCUGAUCCUGGUCCUGAUAUUGAUGUCGUUGAAGAGUCCCCAGAGAAAGGAGAAGAUGUGGUGAGUUUGAGACGAAGUCCUCGAAUCAAGCAGUUGGCGUUCAGCAGGACAAACUCUGGUUCCUUCUACUCUGUGUCUCAGCCAAAGUCUCGAAGCAUACAAAGGGUCCACUCAUUCCAGCAAGUGAAGUCAGACCAAAGAGAAAAUUCUCCAGUCCAAAGUAUUCGGUCUCCCAAGAGACUUCUAUUCGGAGCAAUGUCUGAGAUGAUCAGUCCCUCAGAGAAGGGCUCAGCACGGAUUAAAAGGCCUUCAGGAAACACUCUGGGUUCUGCAAUACCUACAGCCUAUCAGACGCCUGAGAAGAGUUACUGGAAGUCUCCAGGUUCUUAUAAAGCCACACCAAGAAAGGUCCCUCGGACACCACAGACUCCACUGCGCACCCCGGAAAGGCUGCAGAAAUCCCCUGCGGAAAUGACCCCUGCCAAACAGGUCAUUUUUAAGGAAUUCUCGAAAGACUUCUCUCCACAUGGCUGGGAUUCACCAUCGCAACCAAAAGUCACCCCUCGGAAAGGACACUCCCUGGCAGAAGGCGCCUCUCCUCUUGAAAAGGUACCGAGAACUCCCCAGAGACAAGGUGGUCAGCCCCCCAGAUUUUUGCAGAAUUCUUGGCCACGCUUGGCGGACCCCAGUCUGGAAAGCACCUCCUGUCCAGCAGCCCUGGUUUCAUCAACUGCCCAGACCAGGAGUGUCUGUCUGACCCCUAGCAGAUCCUCUGCUCAAGCACCUCCCAGGACAGCAGCCUCGGGGCUCCAGAGACAAGCCGCUUCCGAGGGCACAUCUCCAAGUCAGAAACACCAGCUCCCCCGAGGCUCUGGAGCACCCCAGGCAGAGAAGCUGCCGCAGCCUUGGAGUAACAAAGUUGUCAAAACCCCAGAGAGACCAGAGAACGCAGCUCUGACUUUUCCAAAAAAAGCUAUUACCUCUCCUUCACGUGGUAUUUCCAAGAAGAGUUCACUUGGGGAAUUUCCCAUGGCCUCUCCUUCGUCUGGACAAGUGGGCUGGCAAGAGGUCCAGAAGUCACCCAGCAUCACCACACCUCCCUCCUGUUCUGCUCCCUUGACACCCCCCAGUGCCUCACAGGUAGCUCCGUCUGACCUCUGGCCCCCUCCGCCCCCUUCUAAACAUGGGAAACGGCAUAAAAAGACCUCGGGAACAGAACGAGACUUCCUGGAGGGCCAGCCUGACAGCUUGGCUGCUCUGAGGGUUGCCAUAACUGACAACCCAGCUGCCAUCACAGAUGCUGGAAAGAACCAGAAGGCAGCGACCCUCUCUUCUCCAGCUUCGCCUGAACUUCCACCUUACCCUGGAACUGGCUUUGGGAGUGACUGGCAUACAUCCUCUCCUUUGCUUAUUGCAACAGACUCGGACUGUCUCACUCUCCUGGAUGAAGCUGAGCACCAUGGCCAUGAUAACUUAAAAAGCAGCAUUUCACCCCUGGACGAAGGUGAGGGGUUAAGGACGGGUACGUGUGAGAAGCAGUCUCCGUGUGACCCCGGGAUUCCUCCCACCUCUCCUUCCUCUGAGUCCCGCUCUCCCCUGAUGCCCCCCUACGACCCGCACUGCAUGGCAGACACAAAGCAGCGCCAGGCAGCCACGCAGCUAGAGAACCAGCAGGCGUCAACCUGGCCCUGUAGAGCCCCUGCCAGCUCGCAAGCCUAUGAGGUUGAGCUGGAGAUGCAAGCUUCUGGCCUCCCCAAGCUCCGAAUUAAAAAGAUAGACUCCAGCUCUUUGUCAGAAGCCGAGCCCCCGCCAAGGGAGGAGAGCUCCCUCCUGGGUCCCAGUGUGCCCAAGGCCAGCAAGUCCUCAGGCAAACCCGAAGCCACCUGCCUGUCGGCCCCCUGCCUUCGUCCCUCGCACAGCACCCCAGGCAAGAGUGGGGGACAGACCUAUAUCUGCCAGUCAUGCACCCCCACCCGCUGCCCCUGCGGUACCCCCUCUCCGUUCCAGACAGAGGUUGGGGUUCCUUGGACCCCAUCCCCCAAGCACAGUGGGAAGACGACUCCUGACACAAUUAAAGACUGGCCCCGCAGAAAGAGGGCGGUGGACUGCAGCCUCGGCCCCUCUGCUGGGAGGAGCGAGGUCAGUGCCGACCUUCCCGGGCGACUGUCACCACUGGAGUCAGAGGGCAAGGAGCGAGGCCUGGAACUUGGCAUCGGCAGGCCCCCCAUCCUGGGGGAUUUUGAGCUAGAGGGCGUGUGUCAGCUGCCAGACCAGUCGCCUCCCAGGGACAGCACGCCCAAGGCUGAGGAGGCCUCCUGGGGACAGUUUGGGUUGGGGUCUAGGAAGAGAUGCCUCUCUGCUAAGGAGGGGGCUGAACGACAAGUGAAGAGGGCCUGCGACCCGCAGGGAGACUCGGAAGAGCAGUCUCCAGGCACAAGCAUUCGCCAGUUGCCCUCUGCGGCAGACGACGAGGCAUCCGUCCCAGGUGCCACCCCGCCUCCCGGCUGUGCCGUGCGGAGCUGCCUCUCUGCCAGCGGGCUGCAGGCGCUGACCCACUCUCCACUGCUGUUCCAGGGGAAGACACCCUCCUCUCAGCGUAAAGACGCCAGAGAUGAGGAUGUGGAUGUAUUUUCCCCCACGGCAGAAGACUCUCCUUUCAGCCGAGCAUUCUCCAGGAGACGCCCUAUCGGCAGAACUUACUCACGGAAGAAGCUGCUUAGCUAGUUAGGAUGGAACCGUCUGGGGGACAUAUAACUACAAACACUACCGACUUUGCCCAGAGCCACUGCACUUCCUCACGAAAGUGCUCUGAGAGCAGUUUUCUCUGGACAAGCACGGAAUUCCAGACGUGUAGAAUAAACGCAUUCUUAGUCAUGUACCCAGAAACUUGGUCCAUCUGAGCCAGGGCCCUGUGGUCCACUCCUCAUAUGCAACCCUCAGCUUGCUGCACAAAAACAGGAAUAACCAGGGCUUAAUGGAACAGUGGAAACUUAAAACAUGAAGGUGAGGCCAGCCAGGUCCCCACAGGCAGAAAGAAACUGGUUGUGGCCUGGUCCCAAGCCUCUUUUACCAGGAUCAGCUUUCAGAGUCCUAGUAGAAUGCCUUCAAGUUUUCAAAUCCCCUCUUUGGAAUCCAUCCACCCCCAAGCCCAGCCCUAGUCCACCACACCUGCCUGGCCUUAGUGAGGUGGUAUGCUGCUGCUAAGUCGCUUCAGUCAUGUUCAACUGUGUGACCCCCAUAGACGGCAGCC